AUGAGCCGAUCCUCCGUCCAGACCUCGAGCUUCUCUACGACUCCCGUCGUCGCUGCUGGCCGUGGACGCGACAUGAACAGAACCCGCGGCGUGUCAGCAAUCCACCGGACUGGAACACGAUUCAACCUGAGCGCCUCAAAAUACCCUUUGCCGAAGCCCGUGUCGCCCGACCAGAUGAAGCCGCGGCCGGCGACACCUAAUCACGGCCUCUGGGGUUUCUUCCCACCCACCCACGAAGCAUUGAGCACCACUGAGUACGAUGCAGCCUUUGGACGGCCGUGGGCAGUGCAAGAGCUGCGCAACAAGAGCUGGGAGGACCUUCACAAGUUGUGGUGGGUGUGCGUCAAGGAGCGCAACCGCAUUGCUACUUCGAACAUGGAGCGGUCACGAUUGAAGGCUGGAUUCGGUGACCACGAGUCUAACCAGCGCGACGACGCUAUCGUUGUUACCCAGAAGACUAUCAAGCAUGUUCUGCGUGAGCGCUACUACGCCUGGGAAGAAGCCAACCGCCUAUACACCAAGGGAUACCGCCCUCAAGAUCAGGACCCCAUGGAGGACGCCGCUAUGGAAGAGGCGGCUCCUGCUGAGACCCCUUCAAGGAGGAGGCUGUGA